UUCAUCAUUUUGUUACUAAUCUCCUAAAGAUCUAGUAGAUGAUUUUGUUGGUUUACUUGCUUUAAACAAUUUUGAAGCAUCAUGUUUUCUAGAAAUUGAGUGGAUCCAAGUGUUCAUAUUCCUUAUAAGAUAGAUGUUUCUUUCACUGACAUACCCCCUUAUGAAUUGACCUUGCACACGACAAGUGUGUUCGUUGUCAGCCUUCUAUGAUUAUGGCAACUUGAACGUCUUCCUGCUUCUGUUCAACACUUACAUUUCCCCAUGCUUCUUUCUGGCCAGUGAAUCAUCUAAUUUGCAAAUUGUGACAUCUUGCCGGCCAAAGGUGAAUUUCUUUUCACUCUCUCUCUAUGGGCUUCCUGGAGCUAUGUAAUAACCGAGCCGCGGUCAUAUUUUUUAUACAAAAAUGAGUUCAGGUGGGCGAUGGCCCCCCGUUGACUGCCAGAAAAAAAGGUGAAUUUAAGGGACAAUAUCCUAAAUAUAGUGUUGACUCAAUCUCUAGUAGGGUAUACCUACAUAUAGUGUGUGAUCUUGAAUGUAUUUGUUAGGUCCGUGGGUUAAUUUAGAGGGGUGAUGCAACAUAUAUGGGGCUAAUCUCAUGAGAUUUGUCAGAUCCUAGGGCUGGUUAGAUUGAGAAUAUCUAACUUGCUCUUGUUUGACUCAUCUAUUUAGAAGAGGGAAAUGACUUAUUUGUAGGAUUCUCGAGUAGCAUGUCUUUAUCACAAUAUCUGUCAACGUUGUGUAGGAUAUUUGAUUUUCUCAAAAAAAAAAAACAUCUAUCAAGUGCUGACAACAUAGCACAGAGAUAGCUCUGAUGUUUAUAUUUGUAAUUCAUUCUUAUGCUAUGGGUCGAGUGAACAUCCCUAGCCUUUUUGAUCUGAAUAAGAUGUAUUACCCCGUGCAACACCAACUGUUAACCGUGGGACCUGAUGAUUUGUUGUGGUUAAUGUGCAGAUUUCUGUUUUUGGUUCUACUAUCCGUUGGAACCUCAUUUCAUUUAUCGUUCUGUGUCUUCAAUUAAAGCAUGUCGUCUAAGAUGCUAAUGUUUUGUGCGCCCGUUCAACAGAUGCAGAUAUUUGUUAAGAUCCACUCUUCAAAAUUUCGCAAAAAAAAAAGAAAAAGAUUCACUGUUUUAAGACUAUCACUCUUGAGGUCAUGGGAUCAGAUACGAUCUGGGAUGUCAAGGAUAAGAUUCAAGACAUGGAGGGCAUCCCUGCAGGCCAGCAAAAACUCUUGUUGGGCAGCUGUACCCUUGAAGACUACAAUAUCAAGGAGGAGUCCACCCUCACCCUUGACCUUUCCCCGCAGAUGCACAUCUUUGUGAAGACAUUGACUGACAAGAUCAUGACUAUUGAGGUUGAGCAAGCAGACACCAUAGACAGUGUGAAGGCAAAGAUUUUUGAUGAAACCGGUAUUUGCCCAGGGAGACAGCAUCUCGUCUUUGCUGGGAAUGAGCUGGAGGAUAGCUGCACCUUGGCUGACUACAACGUGCAAAAUGAAUCUACCCUUCAUAUCGUGCUUCGCUUCAGGUGUCAGAGAGGUGGGAUGCAUAUCUUUGUCAGGACACUGACUGAUAAGAUCAUGACUACUGAGGUUGAGGGAGAAGAUAGCAUAUACAGUGUGAAGGCAAAGGUUUUUGAUGAAACCGGCGUUCCCCCUGGCAGACAGCGUCUCAUCUUUGCUGGGAAGCAGCUGGAGGAUGUCCGCACAUUGGCUGACUACGGCGUGCAAGAUGAAUCUACCCUUCAUGUUGUGUUUCGCGGCCUCACGUGGCAGAGAGGUGGGAUGCGCAUCUCUGUCAGGACGUCGGCUGGGAAGAAAGUCAUUGAACAUGCGUAUAAGCGCAGGCAGACCAUUGACAACAUCAAAGCGUGGAUCUACUCUGAGUUGUGCAUUCUCCCGGAGCAGCAGCAGCUCUCUGACCAGGGUGGCCGAAGAGAUCUGUCGUUCGUGCACCCUUGUUCUGCAAAUCUGUCCUGGUCGGUGAGACGGAUGUAAAUUGGUCCUUGACUGAUGGUGGAAAUUGUGGGAUCGCAGAGUCGGUAGAGGCUGAACUUGAAGGGCUGGUUUAGCAUGCAUGGGGUCAUUUUGGUACACUGUAGGGUGUAAAAUGAAAUAUAUUUUUUUUGAAAAGGAGGGUGUAAAAUGAAUGAAGUAUUGUAGUUUCUGGGCUGGUAACAAGAGUCACUCGCAUACCUAUGUACGUAAGUAUGUGGGGUUUCCCUGAAGGAAUAGUAUAUGCUUGUAUGUAAGCACUUGAUAAUUUCAGUGUGACACUUAUGGUGUCCUUGGCCUAAAAAGUAAUGUUGAGUUUGGUGUUAAGUAGAGAAGGAUAUAUGCAUAUGUUCCCUUGAUGUCCAGAUAUUAACUGUUGAUGAGCAUUGUGCUGCUCUGUUUUGCCUACAUUUUUCGUUUUCUUUUUUGUUUCUUUCCAGAAUACCCUAAACCAUAUAGAUGCAGACAAAGCUGGAUGAUGGGGAUCUUCACCAAUCACCAGGGCUGAUAACUACAGCAUUUGCUUGUCUCCUCCAUCAAAUUAUUCGAGGAGAGCACGUCGUACAAGGAUGUAAUUAUUCUGCGCUUGCAUCCAUAUAAAUUCUGGAGUCGGUAAAUUCUGCCGCUAAUGGAUUUGGUAGGGGAUAAGAGGUAUUGACAAAAGUAAUUAAUUCCUCUGAAAACUAGUUUUCUCCCUGUGUGCUCUGAUGUGCAUUGUUUGAUCGACCGAUGAGUGAACGGUUGCAAGGUCUCUCCUGUCUUGUUCAGUAAAACAUGUGCCAGGAACAGAUAAAACCCAGUGAGAGACCAAAGCAUCAUACUGUGGGUGCUAAUUAGGGUGAGAUUACAAGUUGCUAAAAAAUGAUUGUUAUUUGGGGAAAGAUUAGUUAAACGUACUACAUUACUAUGAAUGAUGCGGCCCAUGUGAAUGACAACUAGUACAUUUCAACCGCCAUAAUGAAUGACAACUGUGAAUGAUGCGGCCCUCAGGUUGCCUACGCCAAGCUCGUUCCCCAAACAAACAGUAACAAUGGCACAAU